AUGGCAUCAUCCGCGGGGCUGGAGGCCACCAUCAACUUUGACAAAGUGACGGAUAGCAUCAUUGUGGGUUCAUGCCUGCGCAACGCGGCGGAUGCCGAGACGGCACGCCAGGGAGGGACUGCCGUGGUGUUUUCUCUGCAGGACGAGACCGACCUGUCUGACCAGAAGAUCGACGCUGCCGCGGUGGCUGCCGCCUGCGAGGCAGCAGGCAUCAAGUAUGUGCGGCUCGGAACCAGCGACAUAGGCAAGCGGCGGCAUGAGGCGGAGCUGCGCCAGCGGCUGCCCGCAGCAGUGGCUGCCUUUGCCCGCGAGGUGCAGGGUGCCGGGGAUGGCUCUGCCUACAUCCACUGCAACGGAGGGCGCGGCAGGGCCCCGACCAUCGUGGUCGCUUUCCUCUACUGGCUGGCAGGGCAGAGCCUGGACGAGGCGGUCGCCACCAUGACCGCCGGCCGCAGCUCCAAGCCCAAGCUCCCAGUCAUCGUCGGCGCCACCGGCGACCUGCUGGGCGAGGCGGCGGAUGGUGUGCAGCCCAAAGCGCAGCUCACCGAUGCGGAGCGCGCCACGCUCAAGGCAAAACUGGAUGCGCUCGUGUAA